AUGGUUGACAGUUGUGAUGAUAACGAAACAAAAGAUAAUCAUGAAAGACGCGAAUUGCUUAUUUUUAAAGCAGAAAUGUUGAAAAUUCGCCUUAAACAGCAAGAAAUUUUGCUAAUGAUGAGAGGCAUGUCGUUGGAUGGCAAAAAGAUGUUGAAUAAACGUUACAUGCCAACUUUAUCAACAAAUGCUCAGAUUAUUGUAACUGGUGGUGGUUUGAAAUCUUCUAUGAUUUUUGAUGUCGCACAUCGAACAUGGCAACGCAAAGCUAACAUGAGUCGAAAUCGUCAAAGCGCGUGCUCUGUCCUAUACCAAGGUCACAUGAUUGUCGUUGGUGGAAGAAACGGGAACUGCGGUGUUCGAGAUUCUCCUACUGAUACUAUGGAAGUAUUAGAUCUUGAACAGGAGAAUGCAAAGUGGGUGAAUUCUCAAAUCCGUUUGCCUAAACCGUGCAGUGGCCACGCAUGUGUUGUUCAUGAAGAUUGUCUUUUGGUCACUGGUGGUCAGUUAGGGAGCAUUCUCCAUAAGAUAAGCGAUAGUGUUUAUGAAAUGAUGCUGACGACACCCUUUACCAUAAGGUUGCAUUCGCGUUUACCUAACCCCCUGUAUCAUCAUGGAGCUGUUGUGAUCAAUGGUAAAGUUUAUAUUUUCGGUGGUCAACGGAGCUCAUCCCACAAUGAUAUAACGAGUGACGUUCACGUGUUUGACCAGGCAACAAACACGUGGACAAGAAUGCAACCUCUAUCGUAUGCGGUCACUCAAAUGGGCUUCACGGUUUGGAAUGAUAAUAUCAUAAUUCUUGGAGGAAAAGGAGGACACGAUGGUGCUAUACUUGAUAAAGCUUUGAUGUACAACAUUACCACUGGUUGUAGCUCACUGCUUCCCAACAUGAUGAAGAAGCGAUGUGGUUGCACAGCAGUUACAGUUGGUGAUAACGUGUUUGCAGUUGGCGGUUUGGGAGAUGGAACUGGUGUGGAUUAUCUCAAAUCAGUAGAAUAUUUCAGCUUCACAUGUAAUGUUUGGACUGAAGUGCCUUCAAUGAAUGAAGGGCGAUAUCUGGCCACGGCUGUCGUAAUAUGA